AUACAUUGGUUUCAAAAUUGACUCAAGGAAAUCAAGCGGGCGUAUCGGAAUGGAUCCCUUUUGGAGCGGGGUAUUCACUUGGGACACUACUAUCUCAUCUUGCUUCCGCACAAAUGGAAACUACGGAGAUUCGAAUAAUGCGUUCACAAACGUUGGAUUUCCUUGACGAAUUUCUAACACACAUUUUUUCGGAUGACACGUCAAGAUCAAAUGUGACAAUGUCAUCAAUUGACACCAAUUUGGGCAUCAUGAUUGGACUAUCAAAGUUUAAUCGUGAAGUUGAAGAGAAAGUCGAGUCAAUUUAUCAAAGGGCGAUUUCGGACAUCGAAGAAUUCGUUAAGAAAGAAGGGAAUGUCAACUCAAGAAUCAGGAAGAAGAUUGUAGGUUCGUGUUGGCUCGCCGGAUUCUCAAAAGGUGAGAUACGCGAAGAAGUUGUGGAAAUCUUGAAGAAGGCGACUAAAAUCUCGGGCGAAAAGCGUGAAUGGAACGGAUAUUACUUCCACUUUUCCCAAGCAUAUUCACAUGCUUUGCAGGAGAUUCUUCUUGCGAAACCGUCAUCUCAUUACAUGGUGUCAUAUAGCUCCCAAAUAAACGCACAAAUUGAUAUGCUCAAAUCACGCGAAGCCAUCCAACGACACAUCGCCAUACUGACUUUAGGAUCGCUUACCGGCAUAAAUUACUUUGAACGAAUCUUGUCAACGCAUAACGAGAGUUACUACUUCUUUUCUUUGGCAUCAGACACCACUACUGCUCUAGUAUUGGAUAAUUUGCAAAGUAUUUCCAUAAUUUCUGGGAUGAAUGUGAAAGAUGUUAAAGGAGGAAGGAUUGCAUUAGCUGUUUUAGGACGAAUAGUUCAAUAUGCUUCAAGACUUUCCGAUGAAUUUACAAGCACGUUCACGACUAGCAGCAUGGAACCAAAGGAUUAUUCUCGACUCCCCGUUCAAAGUUAUUUAAAAGCUUUAUUUAAUUGGCUCACAAAAAUGUCAAAAGCGAAAAAAUUAGGUUCGCCCAUGAAUGUCGAGGCUGUGAGUUUAAUUAUUUCAACAAUUUCUAAAGUAAAAGUUGGUCUUCCACCGGUCAACUGGUUUCCACUUCUCUCAAGAUUCGGUGAUCCUGCUUAUAAGAGAUGCAAUUUACAUUAUAAAAGCAUUUUAAUGGCAAUUCAGCAUUGUCAACAAUCGACAUCAUUAAUGGAAUUUCUAAUAUACUCGCUAGUUAGAUUUCCCGAGAUCCACAAAAGUCUUGAUAACGAUAUUGAAUUUGAAAAACUACUUGUAGGCAAUGCGAUGGGUAAAAUUCUUGAGCUUUGUGGUUUUGAGAACACAUUGUUUGAUAAUGAAAAUGGAACUUCAAAAAAGGACACGGAGAUCAACAAAACACGUGGAAUGGAGAGCGUUUUAAAAAGUGUAACCAUUCCAAGUUCGAGAGUCACUGAAAUUGUUGAUUGUGUUUUGAAUAGCUUGUUUGGAGAAACUAAGGAUCGUGAGACACCUAAAGACAUAGAGUUACAAACCAUUUUCCUUACCACGAUUGUUGGUCACAUAUCAAGAAUCAAUUCAACUGGGGGCAGCACUUUACUACAAGAUAUCAGGAAGUUAUUAAAGGAAAAAUAUUACGUUCUCCACCCACCUUCAGACGAAGAGCAAGCCCAGAUUAUUCGACUCUUUGUACAUUCCUGCAUUAUUAAUAUUGAAGAUCACCAUACAUCCCCUGAUCUGUUAAAAGAAGCCAUCAUACUAUGCACCAUGUCAGAACUGGGUCGUAUUGACCCGAUAAAACAUUUGAUUCCAUUUCUGUCAGAACGUCUAAUCAACGUUGAUAUCAUGAGUUUGGAACUGUCGUCAGUAUCAAAUUUGAUAUUUUCCUGGAUUUUUCGUUCCAUCAAUGUUCACAUCCACAGUUCAGCAAAAUCGGAAAUCAACAAAAGAAGGAAUCGUCUAGAAUGGUUGGCCAGAAUAUUGGAGCUGUUGUUGAUUUUAGGAACUCAAAGACAAGGCGAGCGUGUUAAUUUGGCAGAUGACAAGGAAAUUUUCGAAUAUGGUAUGAAUGUUGCAUUGUGUGGACUGGUAAAUUUAAGUUGGGAUGAGAACUUGGCAAAAAUAACCACACGAGAAAAAUCGUAUACGUGUGAAUACUAUGAAAUGUGGAAUAAGGAAUUCGAGAGGAUCGUGCAGGAUAAAGCUAGCGUGCGAAAGCUAUCAACGUUAAUUCCAAGGGAAGCCUUGAUUCAGUCACGCGAGUCUGAGCAGAUUGAUGCAAUUGUGAAAAAAGUGCGCAAAGCGUUUUCCUAUUUUGAGGUUGUAAAGCGAUUGCUUCGCCUUUUAGAACUUGUACCAACAACGCCGAACUAUGUUGAAUAUCGAUUUGCCAUUCGUUCGACGUUAACAAGCCUAAGACCUCACAUUACUACUCAAGAAUAUUUGGAUAUAGUGUCCAGCCAGUCAUAG